AUGAAGGCCACUGCGGUGCAGAACUUGAUUCUAGGAAUUAUAACUUUUGUGCUUCUCCUGAUUUCAUCAAUUGUAAUUUUAACCAGCAAGACAAGAUCUGAUGUAUUUGCGUCCACAGGCUUAGAAUAUUGUUUCAAUGAUUUCAAGCCCUUCAGAUAUGUUGUAGCUGCCGACGUGAUAGGCUGUGGUUAUUCCUUCAUUCGAAUUAUUCAAAUAUUUAGUGGAAUCAGUGGAGGACUUUAUUUUUAUCUCAGUUUCAUCUUCGAUCAGGUUCUGGCCUAUAUAAUUUUAUCUAGUACCUCCGCUGGCAUAGGAUGCAUAAUGAUAACAAAAGAUGUCCCUGAAGGUGGAGAAGCAUAUGGUGCUGCUGCAAAAAAGUUUUUGAGGCAUCCAUCAGCUUCUGUGAGUUUAGAGUUUCUGGGAUUCAUCGUUGUAGCAGGCUGUGCAGUGAUGUCAGGUUACAGCCUGUCUUGUUACCUAUAUUCAUCAACUACAACUAGUGUGCCAAGGCAGGGAAGCUAUGUUGAUAGUAAGCAGCAAGGAAAUGCUAGAAACCAGUUUUCAGCACAAGUGUAA